AUGGCAGCCACGACCUUGACACGGACGGCUUUGACAGCGGCGACACGAUGCAUCGUGCGUCGUUCUGCGCCUAAUUUGCCACGCAUUGUCGCCCGCUCAUCUAUCUCUCCACUGGCACGAACUUUUUCCAGCACCGUUGGGAUCCAACAUGGCGGGAUCACACGUCCGCCACCUGGCAGCGGCAUCACGAUUCAUUUCGUCGAUCCAAAAGGAGAACCCUUGAAAACAGUGAGCGCAAAUGAAGGCGAUGACCUGCUCAGCAUCGCGCACGAAUACGAUAUCGACCUCGAAGGUGCUUGUGAAGGCUCGAUAGCCUGUUCCACAUGCCAUGUCAUCUUGGAACCGGAUGUGUUCGAUUCAUUGGAAGAACCGUGCGAUGACGAGAACGACAUGUUGGAUCUGGCAUUUGGGCUGACAGAUACUAGCAGGCUCGGCUGCCAGGUUAAGGUGACUAAGCAACAGGACGGAAUGAAGGUCCAGUUACCCGCAGCUACAAGGAAUAUGUACGUCGACGGUCAUAAAGCCGGUCAUCACUAA